AUGGCUUUCGUCCGGUUUUUGCUCCUGACAAUCAACCUUUGGAUACAUUUUCUAUUUCUUCGAUCCGUCUUCUCAGUUUCUGAGAUAUCAAACGCCCGUUAUCCUUGGACGUAUCCGUCGUGGUUGAUCAAGUCCAUCACCACUCGAAUUUGCAAACAUCUUUACUUACAACUACUUUAUUUGCUUAACACGAGGAUGAAAAGCAGUUUGGCCAUUAUAUUCCUCGUUGGAAUGGCAGCUGCCGAUGACCAACCAGCCGGCCUUUUCAGUGCUCUUGAAAGUGUUGUUACAGCAGACUCAAGUCAAGUGCAAAACGGGAUCCAAACGCUUCUGUCAGAAGCCAACUCUUUGAUCAAAAGCAACUACCCCUCGACUACCAUUACCGAUUUGGCCUCUUUGACGUGGCCAGCGACUGUAGUCAUUGGCUCUCAGACCUAUACUAUACCAUCGACUGGUUCAACUGAGACACCAAGCUCAACUUCGGCUUCUUCGAGCCCUUCAUCAGCGAUCGCGUCCUCGACUGAGAAUGCCAGACCAGUUCUAACGUCCACAGCGUCAGUGGCACCCCCGAGCGCGGCUUCCACAUCGCUUUCAAACACAUCUUCACAGACGCAUAAAUCAGGAGACAAACGACUGGGCAUCAUCCUUGGCGUGGUUCUAGGAUCGAUUGCUCUUGCUCUUGCUGCAUUCCUCAUAUGGUUCCUGCACCGUCGUCGUAAAAACACAGGAAGCUUUUUCAAGAGAAGGCCGUCAAGUCCUUCAGACGAGGGAGCCUCCUCUUGGCGCAACGACGCAGAAGCUGAGAAGUACGGUAACCUGAAUGCACCACCAUUGCUUCAACCGUCAAUGGCCGUACAUGACGGUUAUGCAACCAGGAGUCAGACCAACGGCAAUGAUGAUAUGCACCUUGGUUAUGGCUACAUGCCUUAUGAGCACAGUGGACCUGCCGAGCUAUCGGCUGAACGAUCUGAUCAUGGGUCCUUCCAAGAGACAACACGCCGAGAAGGCAGGCAUGGUGGAGACAGACAGGGUCGACCACCGACUCCCUUCUCUCCAGAAUUGUUUGCUACAGUGGCCGCCAGUCCUGUCAGUCCGAUUGAACAAGAGCCUCAACGUCGUCGCAGCAGUGGCUUCUGGCCUCCACGAGGCAGCUCAGACGGAUAUCGUAACUUCGACUCGCCUUAUGUUCGACACCAGCCUUCACUUGCAGCUCUGGCAACUUCAGUAGCUCAGGAUUACCCUCACCCCUAUUAUCAAAAUCCAUUUGCAAGUAGUGAAGAUUAUGAUGAGGAUGGGUACGAAGAUCCUUAUCACGACUCUCGAAGGCAUUUGAGUCCAACACCCGAAAUUCCUACACGUAGCCCCAGACGCCAGAGCUCACCAAUGGUGGUUUAUCCCGGCUCAGAUGAAUUGGGCAGAUUCAACUUUGGCACGGAAGAGGGCAGAGAUUACAGGCCGAGCGAGCUUGGGGCUUGA